AGUCAACACGCGCGCAGGGCGCCACGGCCCGCCGCAGCCGGCAGAGCCCGGCGGGCCACCCCGGCCUCCGGUCCGGGGCUGGGGGAGCGACACCCCGCCCUCGCCCGCGCCCAACACAGAUCCCGCCUCGCCUCCGGACGACCCGCGGAAGCGUCGGCGGAAACCAAGGGUCUCAGGGCGCUGCCCUACCGCUGGGGGCGGGUCUCGAAUCGCCGAGCUCCGGGGCGUGUCACGGGCGCCAGCUCCUGAUUGGCCGGCCGAGGCGGUAACGGGCCAGGAGCUGCUGGAUUGGCGCAGCCGGAGGCCAGAGCAGGAGUAACUGGACUCCAGGUGGCCGGUCGCAGUCCCGGAGCCCGAGGGGCUGGCGUCUGCGCCGGGCCCAAAGUCUAGGGAGAGAUCCUGACCGGGACGCGCGCACCAUGCCCUACCUGCUCAUCAGCACCCAGAUCCGCAUGGAGGUGGGCCCCACCAUGGUGGGCGAUGAGCACUCCGAUCCAGAACUGAUGCGGCAUCUGGGGGCCUCAAAAAGAAGCGUCCUGGGAAACAAUUUUUGUGAGUACUACGUCAAUGACCCUCCUCGAAUAGUCCUUGACAAGCUGGAGCGCAGAGGCUUCCGUGUGCUGAGCAUGACAGGGGUGGGCCAGACGUUGGUGUGGUGCCUGCACAAGGAGUGACCCUCCCACGCUGAGGAGCUGCAGUCACCCCUUCUCUGGAGUGGUUGCCAUGGGCCCCGACCCCAGGACCCUGCCUCACUCACCGCCCUGCCCAUUCUUCCCAAGUCGUCAUUUUCCUCGGCCCAGCACCACUGGGCAAUGAACGGCCUUCUCCGAAACCUGCCUCAGCCAGUGGGGGGGCAGGGCCCCUGGCCCUGGUGCCCCCAGCUGCCCCUCCAGCUUCAGGCCUGGCACGGGCCCUGGAGGAGGCCGUGUUCUGUGGCAGGCUGAGGAGCUGGCAAGAGCCAGGCUGCCCCUGGCAGGGAUCUGGGUGCCCCCGCGGAGCAUGGCUCCAGGACUGGGCGUGUGGGUCCUGCGUAGCUAGUCCAAGCCAGUAAAGGGCUGUGAUGAGUGGCUGCU